AUGGCUAAUCAUGUGUUCUGUAAUCGCUGCUUCCAGGGGCCACACAAUACCUCACGCUUCAGCUUGACCAACUGCGGGCACGUGUACUGUGAUGUCUGCCUCUGCAAAGGUAAAAAAGAUGAAUGCUUGAUUUGUAAAGCUCCUUGUCGAACGGUUUCACUUUCAAAGCAUGUAAGUUGGAAUCUCCAGUGUUUCGACUGGUCUCUCCUGACAAUAUGUCCGAAGUAUGAGAGACGAACUUCUCAGAUUUCAGAAUUUCAGGACAAACACAGGAGGAGACUAUACACCUUCUAUCGAGAAAAGAUCUCUAAGUUGGAAGACUCCCUUAGGAAGGCAAUGCUGGAGAUUGAGCAGUUACAAAGUGUGAGAUCAUCGCAACAGCCAGCUUUCAACACAAUGAAAACUUCCAUGUCAACAAAGCCAAAUGGAUACCUGCUCUUUCCGCCUAGUUCAUCGGCCUUGGACAGAGCGGAGACCAUGGAAGUUGAUGUUACUCCUUCCCCAACGAGAAGACCUGAAGUAGCAGCUGGCCCGAUGAGAAUGUCUUUGAUCAGUCCACCUCAAGAUGGGCGCAUGGAGCUGCUCCUCCCUGGCUUCCUGACCCCAUGCCAGCGCUUCCCUCUUCCAGAUCCUGCCCGUCUGGAGGAUCCCAGGGAGCAAGGGAAAACGUGCACCCACAGGAACACCUACACCCAUGUUCACACCCACACCCACAUGUACAUCUAUAGCCACACUCACACCCACACCCAAAUUCACACUCACAAGUACACCUAUACCCACGUUCACACCCACACCCACAGGUACAUCUAUAUCCACAUUCACACCCAAACCCAAAUUCACACCCACAAGUACACCUACAUCCACGUUCACACCCACACCCACACGUACAUCUACAUCCACACCCACACCCAAAUUCACACCCACAAGUACACCUACACCCACGUUCACACCCACAGGUACACCUGCAUCCACAUCCACACCCACAUUCAUGCCUACACCCACAUGCACACACACAUGUACACCUACACCCACGUUCACACCCACACCCAAAUUCACACCCACAAGUACACCUACACCCACGUUCACUCACACACCCACAAGUGCACCCACAGGUACACCUACACCCACAUCCACAUGUACACACACGGAGUGUUGGGGGCUCUCGGGGGGUCCUUUGGAGUGCUCAGUGGUCCUCAGGGGGUGUACGGGGGUAUUGGGGACUAUCGAGUGUGGGGGGGUAUUGAGGGCUCCUGGGGCGUAGCAGGUCAGCAGUUGCAGCUGGAGGAGGUUCCCGGUUUAGUACAGUUUAGCGCCCCCGGUUCCACGCAGUGGCAGAAUCCUAUCCUGGCCAUGUCCGGGUCACAGGCGGGGGGCGAGGGGCGUUGGACCAGGGCAUGUGUGAAUCAGUGCUGGGCAGCCUGCUGCUUCACUCUGGAUGACUCCCCGUCCCCCACAGGGAGACGAAGCUGCCAGGAGGACACCGCCUCUCGGCCAACGCUGUGUGUCUUCUCAGGCAAGCCCUCCUCACUCCUGUCACCCACUGGUCACAUGGACUCAAGCUCCUGGUACCGGGGGUUCCGAUACCUGGCUGGACGGAGGGACAAGUGUGCAGAUGGGCAGGUGGAUCCCUCCCAGCAGGUGGUCAGCGGGAUGCGCUGCGCUGAGGGGCAGCUUGGUUCCCAGACAGCAGCGAUGCUGGCUGGGGCCCUGGAAUGGGGAGAGGGUAGACAGUGUUCCCGGGCUACAGUCUCUUACCGCAGGGGAGACGACGUUCAGGCUCAUCAUGACUUGGAGAGCUGUCCACAGAAUCACCACCUCCACCCCGAAGACAUUAGUGUCUUUGCCACCUAA